AUGCGUCAAAAGCGAGCCAAACAGACGCGCAAAUGCCUUUCCCUCUACCUGCGUCACUUUAACUUUAGACUGCCACUGCAGCUCCUGCUCGACUCUGACCUCAUCCUCGCUCUAGCAAAGCAAAACAUCAGCGCAGAAGCCUUGCCUUUGAGAUUGGCAGAUGCGCUUCAAGUCCACGCUGUAGCUGCACUGGGCAGCAAAGCUCGAGUCAAGGCGAAGUUGGCGCAGGCGCAGGCGCACGGGCAGCAGGCAGAUAGUGGGAGCAGUCACAGCAGCAGCAGUCGCAGCACCGCGGCACCGUCGCAAGUCAAGUUGCUGAUCAGUCAGUGCUGCAUCGAGGAGCUGUACAAGCUGGACAAGGAUGAAGCAUUGCACAGAAGAGCUGUCAAGUUGGCAAAGAGCUGCGAGAGGAGAUUGUGCGGUCACAAAGAGGUGCAUCUGAGCAGCCAAGAUUGCAUCAAAUCCUGCAUCGGUGCAACGAACAAACAUCGUUAUGUGCUCUGCUCCAACUCCUUUGCGCUCAGACAAUACGUCAGGCAGCAAAUAGCGGGCGUGCCAUGCUUGCACACAAACCCCACCGGCGUGCUGGUCAUGGAGCCCACAAGCACGCAAACCAUGCACAGGGUCCGUCAACUCGAAGCGUGCAAACUGUCUACAGACGCGCACGAAGCUUCUUUGCUAGGCGCAGCGGCCCAAUCGCAUUCCGGCACAUCCUCACCUCACAUCAUCAGCUCAUCCUCCAUCCACCAGCCUGGUGCUUCGAGUGCGGAUGCGGAUGCGGGUGCGAGCGGCAGCGGUAACAGUCGGCCAUCAUCCGAUUCCAACCACUUGCUCUCAGCCUCAUCGGACAUGAAGAAGAGGAAAAAGGCAAAAGAACCGAAUCCUUUGAGCGUCAAGAAGAGAAAAGUGCGCUUGAUCGAUGGCGAUGGGCCGAAGAGAUUGGCAGCAGCGCAUGGCUCCACCACUAGUCAAAAGGAAGAGUCGUCGAGCAAGGCGGCGGAUGCGAAGCGGAUGCAGAGUCUCGCCUCGGGAAGGUCUGGAGCUGCUAGGAGAAAGAGGAGAAAGAGGGGCGCUGGAGGUGCGAUGAUGGCCGAUGCGCCGGCCACAGAAGGGCAAGGGUCGGAUUGA